AUGAAAGACUUUAAGGCAGGUGAUAUGGCCACGAGCUUCGUUUGUCAGAGUCAAAAUACUGAAGGGCAACCAGCUCCGCGCCUGCCGCUGGAAGAGUGGCAAUGGAAAGCUAUCGAAGCGGGCGACUACGCCCUUUUGAAAAAAUAUGACACAGGCGCUACAGACGUUGACCAGAAGAGUGAUGUGUAUGGCACACCACUGGUUACGCUUAUCGACAAAUUCAUCUUCAAGUCCCCGAACAACGAGAAGGAGAAGUAUUUGAGCUGCUUUCGAUGGCUGCUUAAACGAGGCGCGAAUCCGCUGACGAUGACACCAAGCACAUGCACUCUUCAGAUUUCUUACCAAAAACGCGACAAUGAAAAUGACAAGACGAAGCGUGUUCUGGUUUCCAAAAAGAAUGCUCUCCAGGAAGAAAGCUCCGAAAAGGUUGUUCUCGACACGAAAGUCGUGAGCUUUUGGGAAAAGCUCAUGCUGAACGAAGAGACCGCCGACGUGACCGUGACCUGCUGCAACGGGACAGUAAAACUUCACUCCUGUGUCCUUAGAACGGCUUCAAAGACAUUCGAGGCAAUGUUCAAGCACGAUAUGUUGGAGAAGAAGAACAUGGCUAUCGACCUCUCCCACAUCCAAAUCGAGGAUUUCCGAAAAUUCAAGAAUCUACUCUACACCGGCUGCCUCGAAGAAGAACCAAGUGAUGACGAGUUGUUGGACUUGUUCGAAUUGGCAGACCACUAUCAGGUGCAGCAUUUGUGCGAGGUGCUUGCCAACCACAUUCACCAGCGACUUUCGCCUCAGAACUUCGACAGGUUUUGCCAUUUUUCCAUCACGUAA